AUGGCGACGGCGGCGGAGACUGUGAGAGUAAAGGUGGAAACGAGAAUAGUGGUAAUGGAGGCGAAGGAGAGAGAGAGAGAGAGAGGUGAUGUUGGAGAAGAUGAAGCUGAUAAAUCUGAGGAUAAAGAGUUUGGCCGUUACUAUUGUGAGACUGGAUUGAAGCUUCUGGCUCCUGUUGGACUGGUUACGAAGAAGUCGGUGGUGGAAGACGUGAAGGUGGGUACCACACUGGAGGAGGUUGCGGUGAAGAUUGAGGCCGUGGUGGAGAUGGUGGUGGAUACCACAGUGGAGGUGGUUGCAGUUGGAGGUGGAGAUGGUGGUGGUUGCGGUGGAGGUGGUGGUGGUUGUGCAGUUGGUGGUGGUUAUGGAGAAAGCGGUGGUAGAAGACGUGAAGGUGGAUACCGUGAAAGUGGUGGCGGUCGUGGAGGUGGAGGAGGAGGUGGCUGUUGCGGUGGAGGUGGUGGCGGUGUCGCAGCUGGUGGAUACCGCAGCGGAGAAAGUGGUGGUUGUGAAGAAGGUGGUGGUUACGGGAAAGGCGGUGGUGGAUAUAAUAUAGGUGGUUGCGGUGGAGAUUGUGGUGGAGAUGAUUGUUGCAUAGAAGGUGGUGGUGCAAUGUACGUGAAGGUAGAUACAUAG